GACUAUCCAUUUGUCUACCAUCAAAAAUUUUCGCAAGAAUUUAUUCGUCAGUAUCUGCACCUUCGACCAAAGACUAGAAAAUUUUCUUCCAUUUUAAGAAUUAGAAAUAAUGCUUCCAUUGCUGUGCAAAAUUUUUUUCAGAAGGAGGGAUUUUGCUUCAUUCACACCCCUAUCAUCACACAAAAUGACUGUGAGGGAGCUGGUGAAGUGUUUUCAAUCGAGGUGAGAGACAAAGAUAAACUUCAUAAAGAAAAUUCUGUUGAGUUUAAUAAUCAAAGCAAUGCAUUAAAUGAUCAUUUGAAACUUGAAAAAUCACCUCCAAUUAGUUCGAAGAUAAAUAAUGAGGAAGAAUUUUUUGGCUCUCCAACGUACCUUACAGUAUCAGGACAACUGCAUUUAGAAGCUAUGGUUAGUGCUUUAUCUCGUGUUUAUACCUUUGGGCCUACUUUUAGAGCAGAAGGCUCUCAAACACGUUUACAUGCAAGUGAAUUUCAAAUGAUUGAAGCUGAAAUAGCUUUCGUUGAAACAAUAAAUGAUGUGUUGCAGGUCGCUGAGAAAUGCAUAAAAUACGUUACUGAAUCUUUAUUGGAAUCCUGUAAAGAUGAAAUAAUUUUUACUAGUGAAAAUAAUAAAGAUCACCAAGAUUAUAUCAAUAGAAUUGUGUCUAAGGACUUUGUGCAUCUGUCCUAUAGUGAAGCUAUUAUUAUAUUAGAAAAUAAUAGAAAACGACUUAAAGUUCCUAUAAAAUAUGGAGAUGAUAUUGGAACUGACCACAAGCAAUUUUUAGUAAAACAUUGUAAUAAUACCCCUGUAUUCGUCUCUAUGUUUCCAUCAUCAAUAAAGCCAUUUUAUAUGAAAACAGAUGAAAGAAAUUUGGCUUAUUGUUUCGACUUAUUUGCUCCUUUUGGUGGGGAAGUAUGUGGAGGAAGUCUCAGAGAAGAUAAUUAUGACCUGUUGAAAGAAAAAUUUUCAUUUGAAGAAAAUCCUAGUCUUUCAUGGUACUUAGAUCUCAGAAAAUAUGGAAGUGUACCUCAUGGUGGAUUUGGAAUUGGUUUUGAUAGAUAUUUGCAAUGUGUGUUAGGAAUUCCAAACAUUAGAGAUGUCAUACCUUUUCCAAGACGUAAAUUUGAUUGCAAGUGUUGAUGGAACAUCAUUUUAGACAAUUGUAAAUACUUUAAAAUGAAAUAAUAAGAUUUUCAAGGCUAUACCCAAUAAUAACAUUUUAUACAUCAAAGAAAAAUGAUGCUGUAAAUAA